UUAAAAAAGACCCUCACGUGUCUGAAAGCUGUGCAGCAGCCAGUUUACAAAUCCCUGGGCUUCGCUGUCAGAAGGCGGCAGCUUUUAUGGCUGAGCUGAGAUGUUUGAAAGGUGGAGCACUCUUGACCAUGAAAUAUGCUCUCCUUACAUGCCGCAGCCUUUCAAAGUUCUGUGCAUUAGAAUCAGGGAUUCCAUUCUUCCUGGAGCUGAGCGUGGGGCCAGCGCUAGUCAGCCUUUCUUUCUCCCGAGGAAGGCUGAUAGGCGUUUAAAAGGCUCGUGGUGGCCUGUGUCCCAAGUGUUCCCAGCGCCAGCAGCGACCCUUCUCUUUCGCCUCUGCCCAUUGGAGACGACUUAGAUAUCGAAGCAGACUGGACGGCUGGAUUCAGGAAGCCAUGAAUCAUGUCACCAGAAACGAGCUGCAGACUUUAAACUCCGUUCAGCAUGUGGAAGCGGCAGAGAAAUGACCUGUCCAGACAAGCCGGGGCAGCUCAUAAACUGGUUUGUCUGCUCCCUGUGCGUCCCUCGACUGUGUAAACUCUGGAGCAGCCGGCGUCCCAGGACCAGACGGAACCUUUUGCUGGGCACUGCCUGUGCCAUCUACCUGGGCUUCCUGGUGAGCCAGGUUGGCAGGGCCUCCUUCCAGCAUGGGCAGGCCACGGACAGGGGGCCACCCCACAGCCGCGACAACUUCAAGGUACCCUUCCCGGAGAUCCCCUUGGAUGGUACCCUGGCCCCUCCAGAGUCGCAGGGCAAUGGGAGCACCCUGCAACCCAACGUGGUGUACAUUACCCUACGCUCCAAGCGCAGCAAGCCUGCCAAUAUCCGUGGCACGGUGAAACCCAAGCGCAGGAAGAAGUAUGCAGUGGCAUCUGUAGUCCCUGGUCAGGAGGUGCUGGUUAAACCAUCCUUUAUACUGCAGGACGUUGUACCGGCAGCAGAUGCUGAAGUACCUGCCUAUGCUCAGGGUUACCUGACAAAGGUUGGGGAACGACCCUGGAGGGUGCUGCGUGGUCCUGGAAUCAGAACGGGGGGUUCAAAUUUGCGGCAGCCUGGGACACGGGAGAGCAACAUCAGGAUUUACAGUGAGAGCGCCCCCUCAUGGCUGAGCAAAGAAGACAUCCGCACAAUGCGCCUGCUGGCUGAUGGUGAGGUGGCUAGCAUCCUGCCAUCCUUCUCUAAGAGUGGUGCCCGCUUGCUGGUGUUGGAAGGGAGCACCUCAGGCUCUGUGCCUGGCUGCGGGCCUAGCCCCUGUGGGCUACUCAAGCAGCCCCUGGACAUGAGUGAAGUGUUUGCCUUCCACCUGGACAGGAUUCUGGGUCUCAAUAGGACCCUGCCAUCUGUGAGCAGGAAAUCAGAGUUCAUCCAAGAUGGCCGCCCUCGUCCUAUCGUUCUCUGGGACUCAUCUCUGGCAUCUACAAGCAAUGACAGCCAUUCUUCUGUUAAGAUCACCUGGGGAAAUUAUCAGCAGUUGCUAAAACAGAAGUGCUGGCUGAAUGGCCGUGUUCCUAGACCUGAGUGGGGCUGCACUGAAAUCCAUCACCAUGAAUGGUCCAAGAUGGCUCUCUUCGAUUUUUUGUUACAGAUUUACAAUCGCUUAGAUACCAAUUGCUGUGGAUUCAGACCUCGAAAGGAAGAUACUUGUACACAGAAUGGACUGAGGCCAAACUGUGAUGACCAAAAUUCUGUGACUUUAGCACACAUUGUCCAGCGAAAGAAGGACCCAAGGCAUUUGGUCUUCGUAAACAACAAGGGCUUCUUCGAUAGAAGUGAAGACAACCUAAACUUCAAAUUGCUAGAAGGCAUCAGAGAGUUUCCCGACUCUGCAGUUUCUGUUUUGAAGAGCCAGCACUUACGACAGAAGCUCCUUCAGUCUCUGUUCCUUGAUAAGGUUUACUGGGAAAGUCAAGGAGGCAGGCAAGGCAUCGAGAAGCUCAUUGAUGUGGUAGAGCAGAGAGCCAGAAUCCUUGUCACCUACAUCAAUGCACAUGGCGUCAAAGUAUUACCGAUGAAAGAAUGACGUAGGACUUUCUUCCGCCUUGAGGGCUGUACAUGUGUGACCUUUGGUUUUUCUUAAAUAAAGUAGAUCAACCUUAAGUGUUUCUAGGAGUGAAGCAGCAUAGUUGAAUAUACAAAACUGAUCUGAUACAUAUCAUAAACAGAGUUUAGAAAGUUUGCAUCAUUUAAAGGUAUGC